AUGUCACGACUUGGAUCGCGACUGCUACCAGAUUCUGUCGCUAGAGGUAUAUUGAACAGUGGGGAGGAAACCGCGCAGGAAGGUCGCGCACUUCGAAGUGGGGUCUCGGAAGACUCACGUCCAUCCGUCUAUGAGAGGCCACCAAAUUCCGAUGCCAACAGUCGAAUAUUCCUUACAGGAUCAAUUAGAAGACGAAGCGAGUACCGCUCCAACCUCAGACGGCGUGCGAUUCGAGGGCCGUUCCCGUUGUUGCAAGGGGCACACGACGGUCGCCGAUCCAGUACCUUAAGGAGUGAGUCUAUUGAUAGUGUUCAGGAUUUGUCGCUGCCUGCAACCAACUCAGUGCGGCAACGAAGCAGAUUUAGUCGAAUCCGCAGCUCUGUUUCUAUCGCCUCGAGGAUCUCUAAUCUGUUCGGGCAUUCGACGGAUCAGCUUGACACAGGCGAAACAGGACAAGAAACUCCUCGCGCACCAGCCAGAAACACUUUUGCUAAUGAAUCCGAUCAUUCACUUCCUUCACUCCAAUCAAUCGACCCCCGUCACGAUAACGAGGAAGCCCCUCACGAAUUGGACGCGGUUGAGCCAGAGACUCGAACGCUUUUGUCAGGACCCCGAGUUACAUCGGGCAUGAGUACUAUUAGACGUUUCCAGCCUGGUCUGCGCUCCCGUUCGACACGACUCAUUAGAAGGGGUGAACAUCCACCGUUAUCGCAGGUUCUACAACUUGCAGCAGCAGCAAUUGCAGCGCAGCUCUCAGGCCACAAUACCACUGGCCACUCUGGGGGACGUCACCUUGGUGCUGAUACCUUCGAUGGCAGUAUUCAGAAUUUCGUUCAAACUCUCCAGGAUGCAGCAACAGCACAAGCUGGAGAGAACAUCGAUAUGAUUGCAGCCGAUGGCGAUCUUCCGCCGGUCAAUUUCAUGAGAGUAUUCCAGUUCCCCAACGAUGAGAAUGGCUCCCCUAUCGCAUCCCAGGCACAAUCUAGAGAUGUUGAUCAGAUGGAUCUAGACUCUAUCGCGGGGCCGGGUGAGGGUGACAGGUCGGUGACCCUAGUUUUGGUUGGUGUCCGAUCUCUGCCGCAUGGGCAGGAUAGUACCGGCGGUGAGAACGGUACACUGGGUCCCAGCCUCGACACGCUCUUAAGCCUACCCUUCUUGCCACCCGCCAAUGUGCUACGAAACGGCAGUUCUGGGGCAUUGUUCGGCCGGUCUGACGGAAGAGCACGAUCAAAUCCUCGAAGACACUCCAUGACCAACUUCAGCUUUCCCGCACAGUAUGAGACUCAGAGACACCAGCGCACUAGGACGCAUGCAAGUCGAUCGUCUAACAACUCAGACCAGAAUAUACCAGCAACCCCGGAGGCGGGAGGCACCUCGCAUUCACUGUCGGAAAGUCCACCGGGGCCUAACCCUCCUCCAUCCACCCCAGCUGACAUCAGGAGUGGUCAAGCGACACCGAUACGGCGACCGUCGUCGGCAUCAGCUGCGCAGAACCCAGUCCUCUCUGACCUUGCCGAAGAUCUCCCUCACCAGGAUCUUGACACUCCUUCCCCCGAACCUUCCUUUAACGCCGCUCGGCAGAGGAGGCGAAGUGACUCUGAAUUUGCUCGUCGCCCAGAGCUGGGCUCCGGUGCAGCAAGACGCAAUGGGGUAGUGGAGCCUGAUCAUCCGCCUGCAGGAGUCGCACGUAGUUGGUUGAUCUAUGUUGUUGGCACGAACGUCUCACCAGAUCAUCCUGCUUUUACAAUGCCUAGCCUGUUUACCGACAAUCCCUCCUACGAAGACAUGCAGAUGCUAUCCGCUCUACUUGGACCAGCCAAGCCUCCUGUCGCAACGCAGGAGGAUGUAAGCUCCGCUGGCGGGCUUUUUCGCUUGACAGUUCAACAAGCUGGCUUCCUUGGAGAAUCACUCUCCGGAGAAGACAGUUCCUCCAUUCUUGUCAAUUCAGGGGAGCGCUGCCUUAUCUGCUUGUCGGACUAUGCAGAUUCAGAGGAAGUGCGGCGUUUGGACAAGUGCCAUCAUUUGUAUCAUCGCGAUUGCAUUGAUGAGUGGCUUACCACAGGCCGUAACAGUUGUCCAAUGUGUCGGGGCCAGGGUGUGCCAGAGAAUUCCAACGCUUUAGACGUCAAUACUGGUACCGCUCCUGCAACAACAAUGUGA